AUGGUUUGGGGAAAAAAAGUAUGUGAAGCUUUUAGAGGAAUUAAUGGGAUAUUGGACUCUCAAUUUGAUGAAAUUUUAAAGGGUCAUAUAACAGAUAAUAAUGGAAAAACUUAUCCUGCUUUACCAGAAGGAAAUUUAGAUGAAUUUUUAAAUCAUUAUUAUGACUUAAUUCAUGACCAAAAAUAA